UUAUUGUGAAAAGAGUCUCUGCUCCACAAUUUCACGUAAUCUAAUUAGUGAAAUCGAACAAUAUGCUCGAUCCGUGCUUUAUCGCUUUCUUUACGCCUAUCGAUGGAAGCUGCAUUCAGCGAGCUUCGAUCUCUGAAAGUGGAGAAAACAGAUUUCCAUCUAAUGCACUACAAAAUUAAUGGGUUUGUGCGUUUCUCCCUCUCUGAUAACAGCGCUGAUGCAGCAGAAAUUUGUCUUUUCAUUGUUUGCACAGCGUUUGUUGAUGUAGGGUGUCAUAUUCGUCGUUAUGGAAAAUGUUCGACCGACCGAGAUGUCGUGAUUGGAGUCCUCUCUCAACUCAGCAGCUCCGUCUACGCAGCUUGAUACAAAUCUCAGGACACAACAUCGUGUGCGACCAUCUGAAAUGUUCCGUGUAUUUUACGCUGCAUACGACAACUAUGUCGGCUCCUUUCUACACCAGCGAAAAGUUGGACAUUCACAAUAACAUCAUUUGGCCAGAGAUUAAUUGCCCAAUGGCCCUGAAAUCCUCGCUACGCUGCGUCUGUGUCCGAGUGUGGCAACACAAUCCUCGAAGUCAUGCUGAGACGGUUCCCCCGGCAGACGAUCCCGGUGAGAGUUCCGAACAAGAAGAUAAACUACUUUUCCUUUGGGGUGUCUACUUCUCAGGAUUAGUUCCACUUACGAGACGCAGCGAGAAGCGUCUCAAGGAUAACACGUUGGUUUUCCAAAUGCACGGAGGGUAUUUCACAUCCGCCGAACAUAUCCUAGACGGUGACGAACAGAUCCCCCCGACGUCGGUGCCUAAAGUGAAAAUACCAACGGCCACUAACGAUGGCUUGCAUUUAGGCUUACUUUCUGACAAAAAUGAACUACUCUGUGAUAAUAGUAAUAGUUCUCCACCUAGUUGGUACUCCCCGAGUAGUGCACUGAACGUGGAAAGUAAAAUAUCAAAACUAGGAAGCGGUUACUCUCCAUCUUCUCCGUCGGGACGUCAGACUACACGGUCCAGUUCACCCGAUGAGCAAUCCCUUUUUAUGGUUCGAACAACAAUUAGUCCAACACCAACCGAAGUUGAAACCAAUUUAAAAAUUCGAUAUCUGUUUAUGGAAUUUUUCAAAUCGGAAGCCAGACCUAGUUACGACGUCAAACGACUACUGGCAGUGCAAGAACGACAGCGUAGGAUUAAGUACGAGAGCGAAAGUGCAAAAGAGGUGAUUGAUCGUAUCUGCAUGAAAAGUGCAUACUGCCUCAAUCUGGAACUGUUCUCCGAUAAACAGCUGGUUUAUCGUUCCUCCGUCAGUUCCAACCAAAACCGAGGUGGCAUGGGCAAACAGCUGAGUCGUUUACUGUACCAAGAGAAGGAGCCGCUAAAACCGGAGAUUCUACUGAAGGCACAAGAAUUGCGGCGUCAAGUCGAGCAGGCUCGAUUCCGGUGCCGAAUACUAACACAGGAAAAGGAACGUAUAAGGGGAAGCAUUAGGCAACUGCAGCAGAAGUUACACCAAAUGACCGAUGCAAACAUCGAAGCCGAAUCGGCACUGAUGGACAGUUAUCGCAACUACGGAAAGGAGAAAGAGGUUCUAUAUCAGCAAAAGCUUGCCUAUGCUAGUGAAAAGGAGUGCUAUCGCGGUUUAAGGGAAAAGGUGCUGAGCGCUAGGCAUCGUCUACUCAGAGGUCUGAACGAGAUUUAUUGCAUAAAGAAGCAUAACAAUGGCACCUGUACAAUUAACGAUAUUCCUCUGCCGAAUGCCGAAUCGUAUACGGAUGCAACUCCGGCGCUGGCGCUUAGCGUUGCUUUAGGCUACGUUGCACAUGCUGUGAUGAUGUGUUCUUCAAUAUUGAAUAUUCCAUUAAGAAAUCCCAUCAAAUACGAAGGAUCUCGGUCGAAAAUGAUCGACUGCAUCAAAGUUCUACCAACGGCUGAUCGAGAGUUUCCUCUCUACUGUCGUUCGGGACCACCAACCAAUGCCCUGCUGUACGCAGUGUUUCUCCUUAAUCAGAACAUUUCUCAACUAAAGUACUAUCUGUGUCUAAGUCGUGGGGACCCACGGGCAACGUUGGCAAAUCUGCACGACAUUCUAAAUGUACCUUCGAUCAAUGUGACGAGCCGUACCAUCGAGGAACCUUUCCAAGCCAUCCAGACGAACAUAUCCGGCUCAUCCUCGGUGGAACUGGACGUACCGGAUGCGUUCAAUCAGCUCCCGGAUUUGAAAGAAAUCAAAACCAUUUCAAGGAUAUCGCGUUCGGUCGAUACGUACAGUGAUUCGAACAGGGAAGACGAAAAACGGAACGGUAAGUUUGCUUCGGAUCCUAUUUUAGCACAGGGACAAUUGCAAGUAACCGGUUUCGAUAAGAACAAGGAUUUUUAAAAUCUGCUUCGGAUGGUCACAGAAAACGAAGCGUAAAUUGAAUGUGAAUUUUUCUGUGUACGUAUUAUCAUGCAAAACUGUUGAGCGACUUUAUUUAUCGAAAUUAUUUAUUCAAGUUUAUGCAUUCAAAAUCUUCGGAUAACAAAUGUAGGAAAUAUGUUAGCCACAUUGGGACAUUAAAGUGUAAGUAGU